GCCAAGGCUGUUAUGUGUUACGUUUGACGUUUUUUUCUUCUCUUGGUCCGGGUUUCUUGCGUUUCGAUUGUUUUGUUCAUGAGAACAUACAAAUUGAUCGUCAGGCAAAAAACGAAGUGGAAAGACAUCGAACAGAAUUGCGAUCUGGUAUGUUAUAAAACAAUAUCAAGGGCUUGAUAAAAAACGUUUUUGCACGCAAAGAAUUGCGCAAGUGCAAGAAACCAAUGAAAACGCGCAGAAUAGGUCAUAUGGUAGUAAUGCAUACAAAAUGUUCACAAUACUUUGCAUUGGUGGCGAAAUAUCGUCGAAAUUGCAAGUUAUGCAGCUAAUGUUUGCAUGACAGACCUCAAUCCAUUUGUAAAGGAACUGAGGUUGAGUGUGGGACGUUCAGUCGCUGUGUCAAAAUGUAGUUAUGCCCUGUGUGUAACGUCAACCCGCAAACUAUACUGCAGACUUGGUUUAAACGAAACAAGAACCCAGAUUCUGAAUUCUACUAUUGAAAUAGAAACACUGCCUACUCAUCAAUGUCAGUAGAAAACACACCCUGUCUGUCUGCCUGUCUGUCAGCCAUGACGGCCAAACGUGCAGCUCUGAUCACCGAUUCCUACAAGGUGGUAAAGAGAUCCAGGAGAGAGGAGAAGAGAGAGAAGAGGACCCCAUCGCCUCCCCAGAAGGACACUGAGCCGCGCCCCCUCACGGCCAGAGAGAUAGAGCUGCAGGAGCUGAGGCAGUUUGACCAGGACUGGCGGUAUGGACCCUGCACAGGUAUCAGUCGCUUGCAGCGGUGGGAGAGAGCUGCACAGCAUGGGUUAAACCCCCCUCAGGAGAUCAGAGAUAUGCUGCUUAGCGCAGACACAGACCCGGACUACACACACUGCCUGUGGAGUGACUAUCCAUUGUGAGAAAUAAAAAGUGGAGCGACAGAGAAGAUAAAAGUGAAAUGUCCAAAGUUCAUGUGCUUUUGCUUUUGUUCAGUUCAGGUUUGACUGCUAACCAUCACACUACACAUUUUUGAUUAAAAUACCCUUUUCUACCC